AAUGAUGCUUCAACAUCCAGGCCAGGUGUCAGCCUCCGAGGUCAGCGCCUCUGCCAUCGUCCCGUGCCUCUCACCGCCCGGGUCACUGGCGUUUGAGGAUUUUGCUAACCUGACACCUUUUGUCAAGGAAGAGCUGAGGUUCGCCAUCCAGAAUAAGCACCUCUGCCAUCGGAUGUCCCCGGCGCUGGAGUCUGUUACCAUCAGCAACAGACCUCUGGAGAUGUCAGUCAUGAAAUCUGAGGUGGCCCCUGAAGAAGACGAAAGGAAAAGGAGGCGGCGGGAAAGAAACAAAAUCGCAGCUGCCAAGUGUAGAAACAAGAAAAAAGAGAAGACGGAGUGCCUGCAGAAAGAGUCGGAGAAGCUGGAGAGCGUGAACGCAGAGCUGAAGGCGCAGAUUGAGGAGCUCAAGAACGAGAAGCAGCACUUGAUAUACAUGCUUAACCUGCACCGGCCCACCUGUAUCGUCCGCGCCCAGAACGGCCGGACCCCGGAGGACGAGAGGAACCUCUUCAUCCAACAGAUCAAAGAAGGAGCGCUGCAGAGCUAGGCGCGGGCGCGGGGCGCCUGGGGAGUCCUCAUCCUCCUUUUCCACCCCGAACCCUGAAGCCACUGCAAAGCUGGCUUCCUGUGCACUUCUAGAAUCUCAUCAGCCGAGAGCCGUUGGGGCAGGAGCGACGACCCGCGUCGUGACAACCAACCUACUGCAUCGUCCCACUCUGCCCUAGAGCCACGAACGAGCAGGAGUGCCCUUUGUCUCGCUAACUCCAGGAUUUAGGCCUUGCCGUCCGGCCAUUCUCAGAUGACAUAGCUGGCCCCUGGCUGGGGCCCUGUGCAAGCCAGAACCCCACUGAUGGGAUUCACGCAGAGGUGUCUACUCACAGGUGGGGGGACGGCGUCCUCCUCCGUGGCAGGCCCUCGUCGGGCAAAUGCGGCAAGAGGCUGUCUAAUGGCCAGGGUGUGCUUUCUAGAAGAUACGCUGUUCUGUCCCAGGAUGACUGCACAGGGCGUUCGUUUCAGAACCAGGCGUUGUCCUGCUUAGAUGUUUGUCUUGCACAACACUGGCGCGAUUUUUCCAGGAGUUUCAUCAGACCUGAUUUCUGAGAGUUUGGGGGCUGCCAUCGUGGUCAGUGUCCUUCAGAAGCCAUCGGGUGGCCACGCGAGCUUGCGGCCCCAGGGCAGUGGAAUGGGCCUGGUGACCAGCUGUGCUAACUUGUGCCGACAGGAGGCCUCCCUCCCUGUGCCCACUGCUGAGGAAGAACCCGGGCACCUCAUCAGGUCCUUGGCUGCAAACGACAUCACAGAGAGAAGGCGCGAGUCCAACUUCCAAAGGGCAGGACUGUCCUUUCCACUCAGUGACGGGCAGGAAGCGCCAAAGAGUGCCCGUUUCCCACAGGCUGUGGAGACGGGCGUGCUUGAAGCCAGGUGCAGGGCCGGAUGUCUGAAUCGUGCUGAUGGCAUUGUUUUUGUAUUGUAGCUGUUUGGAGACGUGGCCCAGAGCAUUCUGGCUGGGAGAUCCCUCUCUGGCCACUAGGACUCUGGCUACUGUUAAAAUUCUGAUGUUUCUGUGAAAUCCUCAGUGUUUAAUCCUAUUCAAUAGUAUCAUUACAAUUUUCUGUAAGAGAGAGUAUUACUUAUUUAUCCCAGUAUUCCCAGCCUGUCAAUAUAAUAAAUAUCAGAACAAGACACAGUGAA